AUGAGAGAUUUUGCUGCCCAGUCAGAGGCUAGGGCACCUGCACAUACUUAUGCUAUCCAAGCGAGGGAGGAAGCUACAGCUUCGAACGUAAUAGCUGGUACAUUCUUUCUUUUUGAUACUAUUGUGUAUGCAUUGAUUGACCCUGGAUCCAUGCAUUCUUAUAUUUACACUGCAUUAGUAACAAAAAAGAAAAGGCCUAUUGAGUUUACUGAUUAUGAUAUUCAAGUCACUAAUCCAUUAGGCCAAACCUGUGAAUUUCCUGCUGAUUUGAUGUUGAUUGAUCUGAAAUGUCAGACAGGUGAAAUGAUUACUGUUGAGUCUGAGAAUUCGAAGGAAAUUGUUAGAAUUAUUUCAGCUCUUUCAGCUCAGAAACUAAUGCAGAAAGGUUUAUCACCUGAUUGUGAAGUUGAAUUCAUAAUUGAUGUAAUUCCAAAAAUAACUCCGAUAUCGAUAACACCAUACCGUAUGACACUAGCUGAGUUAAAGGAGUUAAAGACAUAG